GCCUCUCCCCCUCCCUCCAGUGGCCAAACUUCUUCAUUAAACUCAAGCGGCUUGUUUGCGUGCUCAGCGGCUCUGUUUUGGAGGAUUGAGCGACCAAGAAAAAGAUCCACGGCUCGGUUCGAUGUGCUCUAACAACGCCUCCGCUGGCUCUCAUUGGACUUCAUCUGAAUUUAAUACAUCGAUUGUGAGUUAUGACAUCAGAGGGGAAAGAUGCAGGCAUCAUGCUGGACCCCCAACUUAUCCAAGAGACCGGGGAAGUUUAUAGAAACCCCACUGAGGUGCAGAUGAGUCAAAUCGUGCUGCCCUGCCACGCCAAUCAUUGCGGGGAGCUGAGUGUGGGACAGCUGCUGAAGUGGAUGGACUCCACAGCCUGUUUGUCAGCUGAGAGACAUGCAGGCUGUUCCUGUGUCACUGCAUCGGUCGAUGACAUCCACUUCGAACACACAAUAGGAGUUGGACAAGUUGUCAGUAUUAUUGCCAAAGUCAACAGAGCCUUCACGUCCAGCAUGGAGGUGGGCAUACUGGUGACUUGUGAAGAUCUUUACUCUAACAGGCAGUGGAAAGUUUGUCGUGCCUUUGCCACGUUUGUUUCCAGACGAACCGAAGCUGGAAAGGUACAGCUCAAGCAGGUGAUUUCUUAUACACAAAUGGAGCAGAUGGAGUACAGCCUGGCAGCAGAGCGGCGGAGGAUGCGACUCAUCCAUGCUGAGAUUAUCACAGACCUGCUGAGCAGCAGCACAGCUCAGCUGGGUAAGGACACAAGGUCUUUUAGAACACACGGCCCUCUGACGUCAGAAAGAUUACAGCCUUUUCUUUUGGGUAUUCCGUCAGGGGAAUGUCAGGAGUAUGACGACGCCGUGCCAUCUGAGAAGACGCGGGUGGAAAGCGUGGAGCUGGUGCUUCCACCCCAUGCCAACCAUCAAGUCAGCACUUUUGGAGGCCAGAUCAUGGCCUGGAUGGAGAACGUGGCUACAAUUGCAGCAAGCCGAUUGUGUAACGCCCACCCAACCCUGAGGACCAUAGACAUGUUCCAUUUUCGUGGGCCGUCACACAUUGGCGACCGGCUGGUGCUGAAAGCUAUCGUUAACAACGCCUUCAAACACAGCAUGGAGGUGGGAGUUUGUGCAGAGGCCUAUCAGGGUGGAGAACCUCUGCGCCAUAUCAACAGUGCCUUUAUGACCUUUGAGGUGCUGGACAGUGACAGGAAGCCCCGCACGCUGCCGCACCUACGACCCGAGCCUGUGGAUGGAAGAAGACGUUAUAAAGAAGCUAUUGCAAGAAAGAAGAUUCGCCUUGACAGGAAAUAUAUCAUCUCUUGCAAGCAAACCCAAGUGCCUCUGUCUGUGCCCUGGGAUCCAAGUAACCAGAUGUAUCUGAGCUACAACAACGUAUCAGCCCUGAAGCUCAUGGAUACCCGGAACAACUGGGUCUUAACUUCAGAGAAAAAUAAGGUGAGACUAUACACAUUGGAGGAAAACCACAUGCUUUGUGUCAAGGUGGAGAUGUACGUCAGUGUCCCAGCAGGGCAGGUGUUCCACCUGUUGUCGGACCUGAGGAGGAGGAAAGAAUGGGACCGGCAUUAUGAGGAGUGUGAGGUGAUCAACCAGGCAGAUGAGGAUGACACUCUUUAUCGCGUGGUUACUCCCUGUGUCAGCAAAGGGGGCAAAGGGAAAGACUUUAUCUUGCUCGCAUCUAGAAGGAAGCCAUGUGAUUCCAGGGACCCGUACCUGAUCGCUCUGCGUUCUGUCACUUUGCCCAAUCACCCGCCUACAGAGGAUUUCUCCAGAGGAGAGGUGCUCUGUGCUGGUUUCACAAUCUGGGAGGAGUCCAGUUCAGUCACCAAGUUCACCUACUACAACCAGGCCACACCAGGUGUCCUUCCCUACAUCUCGACAGACGUGGCUGGCCUCUCCUCCAGCUUCUACAGCAUGUUUUCUGCUUGCAGCCAGUUCCUGGAAGCCAACAGAGACAGCCUGGGUGCUCUGCCGCCUUCUUCAUUUUGAUUUAAAACCCCCCUCCCAUAAGCAAAGUCGGGGCAUUAUCAGGACAGAGUAGCAUUGUUUCACAGCUCUAAUCCUGAUUUAACACUGCUUUGGCGGUGCUGGGCUUAAAAGCCAUUCUGAGAUUAUGAAGGACUGCUAGUUUGUACUUUGUAUAGACAAGUACAAAGCAGAAGCGCACAAAUGAGUUUAUGCUUCUGUAAUUUUUGUUUCUAAGCAUUAUUUUUGGAAAAAAACAUGUGCAAUUCAGAUUUCUAGAUAUAUUAUUUUGUGAGCCAUCAGUUCAUAGCAGUCCAGUCGUGUUAGAUGGUUGUUUCACUGUGACUUGACACUGUAAAGAAUUUUUUUUUUUUAGAUAAGGUCAAGUGUAAUUACUUUGUCACUUUGUAUGUUAAUAUAUUUUACUUCAAUGAUAGGAAGUUUACAUGUGGUUUUGGUGUAUAACUUUGCUGUUUUCAUUUGAGACAGCAAUGUAUAAUUUUGUAGAAUUUCACUUGAACUAAUUUUAUUGUAUAGACAUAAGCUUUGAGGAUAAAAUGUGUUGAGUUGCUUUAAUCAAUAAACCUUUUAACGCUG